GAAACGCAGAAAGUGUUGCAACCGUCCCCGCUCUCCCCUACCUUAAGUCGUGCGCGACUGAAACUGCUGUAGCGCGCGGAAGUGAAUGCGCAAUGAUUUGUGUAAUUUUGCGGCUCAGAGUUUGAUCACGAUCCCGGUCGAUGAUCAGAGGCGGAGCGCCGCCCGGUGUCUCAGAUGAUCGCGGCAGAUUCACACGAUCGACUGACUCUCACCAGAUCAGAGGAAGUUUGGCAGCGCGCGCGACACAUCCGUGUGCUGCUGCUGCGGCUCGUGAAACGGACCGAAGAGCACUUCUGAAGCCACCAAGCAGAGUUUAAAUGGGAGCAGGAGACGCUUUGACUGUAAAAAGGCGCUCUUUUGGGCUGCGCUCCAUUCCUCGACGGAGGGACAUGUUGGCGUGAUGAGCGGGACCGCGAGUGAGUGAUGUGCCUCUGUCUGUCCGUGGUUUAUUCCAGCAUGUGUUUGGAGGCGGAGUGACGGACUGACAUUCAUUCUUCAUAUAAAAGGCAAGUUGAGCCGCUGAACGUCAGAAACUCUUGCGCUAUCGAUCAUGAAUACGGCGAAGGCGCUGAAGAACGCGCUCGCGUGUUUGGUCAUUCUGCCGCGUUUCCUCGUCGCCGCGUUCAUGCUGUGGUGUCUUGAUUUUCUGUGCGUGCGGAAGAGAGUUCUGUUCCGUCUGAGGGACGAUGAGGACGACGACGAGGAGGAGGAGGACGAGGACCCUCCGCUGUGCAUCUCCGACAACAACCGCAUGUUCAGCUGGGAGUCGCUCAAGGCGGUUUUCCACGGACACAAGCUGGACUGGAUGAAGUCGGCGCGCCUCGGCCACGACGCGCCCAACAGCCAAGUGGUUCCGCUGGCGGAUCCGAAGCGCAAACGCGUGCUGGACUUCGCGAGCGCCCAGAGGCCGCUGGUGCUGAAUUUCGGCAGCUGCAGCUGACCGCCGUUCAUGAAGCGUCUCAAGGCGUUCCAGCGGCUCGUGCUCCAGUACGCGGACAUCUCCGACGCGCUGGUGAUCUACAUCGAGGAGGCGCAUCCGUCCGACGGCUGGAUCAGCUCCGACGCGCCGUAUCAGAUCCGCCAGCACCGGAGUCUGGAGGAGAGACUGAGCGCCGCGCGGCUGAUGGCGCGGGAGGCGCCGGGCUGCGCGAUAGUGGCCGACAGCAUGGAGAACUCGUCCAACAGCGCGUACGGAGCUUAUUUCGACAGACUUUACAUCGUCCAGGACGGGAAGGUGGUCUACCAGGGCGGCAGGGGGCCGGAGGGCUACCGGAUCUCCGAGCUCCGACACUGGCUGGAUCAGUACCGCAAGCGGCUGCGCGACGCCGUCAUUCGCGUGUAAAAGUGAAGCGACUUGCCACUUUUCACAGAGAAACCAGGGUGCGAAUUACAGCUCGAUUAGGCUCGAUUUCCACCCGACGGACGCGGCGCGGGCGGAUAGAAAGUAGCCUGCGCGUAAUGUGAAGACUCAAACGUGAAGGUGCAUUUCCGUUAAAUUGCAAUUUUGGCUGGAAUGAGUCGCACUAACAUCACCCGUGUGUCCAAGUGCAUGUGCAGAGUUCAGAUGAGGGAGAGAGUUCACCCUCUUUAACUUCGUGCUGUUGAACUGAAUCUGAAUCUGCUAAAAUAACCAGAAGGUCAAUAACAAGCACUGAAAUAAUGUCCUUCAGAAGCUGUUGUCUAUUUUGAUUUCUAGAUAUUUUAUAUUAAAUAGCGUAUAGCACUAUUAUAAACUAACACGAUGGAAAAAAUGAAUGCAAUUUUAAAUUAACAUUACAAGUAUGUGACCCUGGAGCACAAAACCGGUCACAAGUAGCAGGGCUAUAUUUGUAGUCAACAACACAGCGUAUGGGUCAAAUGAUCCAUUUUUCUUUUCUUAUAAAUCAUUAGGAUAUUAGGAUCAUGUUCCAUGAAGACAUUUUGUGCAUUUCCUGCCGUAAAUAUAUCAAAACCUAAUUUCUGUUUAGUAAUAUGCAUUGCUAAGAACUUCAUUUGGACAACUUUAAAGGUCGAUUUUCUCAGUAUUUUGUUUUUUUUUUCACCCUCAGAUUUUCAUCUUGGCCAAAUAUUGUCCUCAUUUAUUCAGCCUUCAGAUGAUGCAUAAAUCUCAGUUUCAAAGUACUGACCCUUAUGACUGGUUUUGUGCUCCAGGGUCACAUAUAAAGGCAAAACAUGCAAAAUGAAGCUCUUGUUUUGGGAUUCACCCCCCAGCCUCGCAGUGUAAUUCGCACCCUGUCGGAGCUGCUAACGUUAGUGUUCGGGGAACAGCAGAGUUUCCAGGACUGAGUUCGUCCUCAUUCGUGUCUCGAGAGCAUCUUCGUGUGUUCGUGCUCGUCAUGUGUCCGUUCUGUAGAAAGGAUCUUGUUGUGCGUAAAAUGGUCACUCUCUUUCCCUCCUGUAUUUUUUGUGAAGGUCGAUUUUUAAAAGGUUCACAACCAGAAGAUCGACACUGAUGUCUAAAGUACAGGACGAAUACAUGUAAAUUAUUCCUUUUUAUCAAAGCCAUUUUGUAAUAAAACAUUUCACCCCGA